AUGGCCCCCCCGCCUGUCAUUCAUGAGGGCUGGGUUCUGAAGAAACGGAGAAAGAAGAUGCAAGGCUUUGCCCGUCGUUACUUUACUUUAUAUCAGUCAGGAAUGUUGUCCUACGCCUUUGAACCUGGUCAGCCUAUCAGGGACCAUGUAUUCCUUCACAAUGCAGCCAUUUCCACCUCUCCUGGGCGCAAGGAUAUCCACGUCGACUCCAAUACUGCAACUUUCCAUAUCAAAUGUCUCAGUACUGACGACUUCGAAAAAUGGAUGUCGGCCUUCAGGAAGUUCAUUUCAGUUGGUCUUGAGGCAAAAAAGACUGCUCUGCACCGCCAAGCCUCGAGGAAAGCGAGCCUUAAUUUGAAUUUAAACCGCUCUGGCACUCUACUUGAGGAAAUGGGGACUAGCAUUGUAGAACUCGAGAACUCCAUCUCAUCGUUGAUUUUGGACCUUAAUCCUCCACGAAUACCGAGUUUGAAUAGGAAGCAUGCACACAGCAAAGAGUCCAUGUUCGCGUUGUUUAAGAGGCCACAUCACCAUACGUCACAAGAAGCUAAUCAGGAUUUCGCGCAUGAAGUUCCCCACUCAACAAUCAAACAUGAAACCCUUCAAGACGUUAAGAAUAAAUUUGAAGUCGUGAAAGCUCAAUAUACGUCGCUUGUUAAACUCAUGCAAGAGUCGUUGAAUGAUUCUACACUCAUGGCCCCUCUUCCAUCUACAGUGGAAGAAGAAGAAUUGCCUGAGCAUUUUAAUCAAAGGACUUCGACGCCUGCUACUAGAAAAUCAUUUCGGGAUUCAAUUGCUAGUACGAGUGACAGCGUAGUGGAAUGGUUUGAUGCGGUCGACGAAGGACCUCAGGAAUUCAUAAUGGAUUUGGGCCACGACGUUUCUGAACCUGGCAGUCGCCUACUGUCCACUAGUACAGAAACAUCGAGCAUUGAUACUGACAUUGAAAGUGCAUCAUCUGAACCAGUACAAGACGUCGUUGCGUCUGGGACAGUACAGGUUGUCCGCCGGACUCAACUGCCAUGUUUACCGCCAAGUGACGAAGGGAGUUUGUUCACUAUUUUAAAGAAGAAUGUCGGCAAGGACCUCUCAACAAUCACUUUUCCAGUGACUUUUAACGAACCGUUAACCAUGCUGCAAAGGACAGCAGAGGAAGUCGAGUACUACCACCUUCUUGAUGACGCUGCAGCAACAGAUGAUCCCGUGGCUCGCAUGUCAUAUAUUGCAGCAUUUGCUGUAUCUGGAUAUGCUCACACUCGACAUCGAUCUGGUCGCAAAGGAUUUAAUCCUAUGUUGGCAGAAACAUUUGAAGAUAUUCGAAUGAAGUUCAUUGCCGAGAAAGUCCGUCAUAAUCCGCUUGAAAUUGCUUACCAUGCCGAAGGAACAAACUGGGAGCUUAGUGCAACCUCAUGUGGCAAAACAAAGUUCUGGGGAAAAAGCUUGGAAAUAAUACCCCUGGGAAUAAACCGCCUCAGAAUAGGCGACGAAUCUUACGUCUGGAAGAAGCCGUCUUCAUUUAUCAGGAAUCUUAUGGUCGGAACAAAGUAUUUUGAACACACCGGAAAAAUGACCAUCGAAAACAUGACAACUCAAUAUCGGUGUGUAAUCGACUUCAAACAAAAUGGAUACUGGGGCCCCACGAAUGUUGUGUCUGCCCAAAUUUAUGAUUCAGAUGGCGAAACAGUUGGACAUUUGGACGGGAAAUGGGAUGAUCAAAUUUCGCAAAUGCUGGAUGAUUCCCAUUUCCACGUGCUUUGGAAAAUUAACCCUUUUCCAAAAAACGCCCCGGAAUGCUACGGCUUUACUUCAUAUGCCAUCACUUUGAACGAAUUGGAUGGUAAUUCUGUUGGAAAACUCCCCCCCACGGAUUCUAGACUUCGGCCUGAUGUCAGAGCCCUCGAAAACGGAGAAUUGGACUUGGCGGAAGAGGAAAAGUUAAGGGUUGAGCAGUUACAACGCGAUAGGAGAAACAAAGGCGUAGAGCGACAGCCAAGAUGGUUCAAACAGGUCGGGGAUGAAUGGCAUUAUACCGGUGGUUACUGGGAAGGCAGGUCCCGAGGAUGGAAGCAGGAUCCUAUUUUACCCCUCUGGUAA